ACACGCUUCACUGACACAGACUUCACGCUGCCGGGCAGCCGCUGAUCACGCGUGGCCCCGCGAGCUCAUUGGCCGGCGCUUCACACACCUUUGCCGCUGAUUGGCCUGCCGCAGGCUCCGCCCCCGCCCCCGCCCGCGGCGCGGGCAGGCAGAGCGGCUACCUGAAUGGGGAGGGGGCAGACGGCGCGGAGCGCGGCGGCGGCGGGAGCGACGUCGAGAGUCUCUGGGCGCACGUCUGUGGCCAGGCAGCCAAGCAGCCUAGCAGCCAGUCAGCUUGCCGCCAGCUACCAGGCAGCCAACCAUGCUCAACUUUGGUGCCUCUCUCCAGCAGGCUGCGGAGGACAGAAUGGAAAUGAUUUCUGAAAGGUCCAAAGAGAACAUGUAUUCUUGGAACAAAACUGCAGAGAAGGGUGAUUUUGAAGCUGUGGAAGCCCUUAUGUCAAUGAGCUGCAGUUGGAAGUCUGAUUUUAAGAAAUACAUUGAAAACAGACCUGUGACACCAGGGUCAGAUAUGUCAGAGGAAGAGAAUCUGCUUCCUGGAACACCCGAUUUCCACACAAUCCCAGCAUUUUGUUUGACUCCUCCUUACAGUCCUUCUGACUUUGAACCCUCUCAAGUGUCAAGUCUGAUGGCACCAGCGCCAUCUACUGGACACUUCAAAGCAUUCUCUGAUACUUCCAAGACUCACAUGGCUCCCCCUUUCAAAGAGGAAGAGAAGACUCCAGUAUCAGCCCCCAAACUACCGAAGGCUCAGGCAACAAGUGUGAUCCGUCAUACAGCUGAUGCCCAGCUGUGUAACCACAGGUCCUGCCCGGUGAAAGCAGCCAGCAUCCUCAACUAUCAGGACAAUUCUUUCCAAAGAAGAAGAACCCACCUAAAUGUUGAGGCCACAAGAAAAAACGUACCAUGUGCCACUGUGUCACCAAGCAGAUCCAAAUGUGAACGAAGCACAGUGGCAGAUGUUGAUGAGAAAGCACGUGCUACACUUUAUGACUUUUCUGUGCCUUCCUCAGAGACUGUCAUUUGUAGAUCUCAGCCUGCUCCUGUGUCUCCACAACAUAAGUCUGUGUUGGUGUCUCCAUCCACAGUCUCACCAGGGGGCGUGCCACCUAUGCCAGUCAUCUGCCAGAUGGUUCCCCUCCCUGCCAAUAAUCCUGUUGUGACAACAGUCGUUCCCAGCACUCCACCCAGUCAGCCACCAGUUUGCCCGCCUGUUGUAUUCAUGGGCACUCAGGUGCCCAAAGGUGCUGUCAUGUUUGUUGUUCCCCAGCCUGUUGUCCCGAAUCCAAAGCCUCCAGUGGUGAGCCCAAAUGGCACCAGACUUUCUCCCAUUGCCCCUGCUCCAGGCUUUUCCCCUACAGCAGCGAAAGUCACUCCUCAGAUUGACUCAUUGAGAAUAAGAAGUCACAUCUGCAGUCACCCAGGAUGUGGCAAGACGUACUUUAAGAGUUCUCAUUUGAAGGCCCACAUGAGAACGCAUACAGGAGAAAAGCCUUUUAGCUGUAGCUGGAAAGGUUGUGAAAGGAGGUUUGCCCGUUCUGAUGAACUCUCCCGACACAGGCGAACCCACACGGGUGAGAAGAAAUUCGCCUGUCCCAUGUGUGAUCGGCGGUUCAUGAGGAGUGACCAUUUGACCAAGCAUGCACGGCGCCAUCUGUCAGCUAAGAAGCUACCAAACUGGCAAAUGGAAGUGAGCAAGUUAAAUGACAUUGCUUUACCUCCAACCCCUGCUCCCACGCAGUGACGGGUCAGAAGAUGACGGAUCAAAACUAACUCUGGUCACAGCCAGAAGCCAGUGGCGAUAUUAAAAAUUCUUCCACUGCAAGUCUGUGGCCCUCUGGUGCGGGCUGAACGCAGAAGCCCCCCAGCCCAGGGCACAGGCCCAGCCUGAGUUAGAUGACAGAUGUGCUGAGGCUACAGACAGGUCACAGAAUGGCAGGUUUCAUUUCUUAUCACAUAAGAGAGAUGAGAAAGCUUUUAUUCUUUCGAAUAUUUUUUGAAGGUUUCAGAUGAAGUCAACACAGGUAGCACAGGUUUUUAAUUUGUGUGCACAAUUUGUUACUUUACUUUUGCUGUUAAUACUUGAGACCAACUUUUCAAUGUGAUUGCUUCUAAAGCACUGGUUUCAAGAAUGUAGAGACUGGAAGUCACCGUUACGGUACAGAGACGGAAAUGUAAAAUUGGCUUGUAUUACUAAUACUGUCAUCUUUUCCUAGAGUUAUCUUGUUUCCUAUUCCUAGUCUUUCCAGUCAGCUUUGUGGACAUAGUUGUUAACUAUAUCUAGAAUUAGCAUUUCUUCACUAUUACUGAUACUUGGAAUUGAAUGGCUGUAUAUUGCUAACGAGGGCCCAAAGAAUUGGAAUCCUCAUUAAUUUAAUUGCUUUAAGAUGUAGCUACAUCUUUUUUCUUUUUUUUUUUUUCUUUUGAAAGUUUAACAAAUUACUAUAUCUAGGCAUAUUAUUAUGCUUUGAACUUUAGUUUGCCUGCAGUUUCCUGUGUGUAUUUGAAAAUUGUAUAUCAACGUGUUUUCCGUAGACUCUUAAGAUGCAUUGCACUUUGUUUAGGAAGAAAAUCUGAAGAUGAAAAUACAUAUUGUAAAGAAGGAAUAUCAAGAAUGUUAGAUAACUCCUUGAAAAAGAUGGCUUAUGUCAUUGGUAAAGUAUCCUUAUGUUGUAAGGAUAUAUAAUGUGUUCUGAGUAGAAAGUUUAUGACCAUUAUUCACAAACAGAAAGGUUGUCUUAUUAAUUUAUAGGAGUUUGGGAGCGAUGUGGAACUAGGUGGGUCGAAAAUUAUUAGGACAUUCACUUUUGUUAACAGUAUUUCUGUUGUUCUGCUAUUUAGUGAAUGAUAAAACAAGAGUAAAAUAUAUAGUGAAAAAUGUCACUAUAUUGUCCCAUUUAAUGUUUUUCUGUAUAUCAGGUUUAGAUUUUCUGACAUCAAAACUUGGACCCUUGGAAAACAAAAAAGAAUUUCCACUUAAAAAAAAAAUCCUUGUGACUCUUACAGUUUGCACAAUAUUUCUUUUGUUGUACUUUAUAUCUUGUUUACAAUAAAGAAUUUCCUUUGGUAUAU